AUGCCGUAUAACGACAUUACUUUGACAGAUGAUGAUUCUUUAUUUCGUGAGACUCAUUAUGCACGUUAUGGAUAUGAACGAACAAAUAUCUUUGGCCUUGUUACUUUAGAUUCACGACUAUUGACUUACAUUGAUAAACCUGAUGAAUUUCCUUCAACCCGUUAUGAUAAAUUACCUGCACAGCCCGAACCAGAAUACACACAACCUUUAUUAAAACCAGUUCGACACUUUAUUGCAGCUUCAUCGUCUGAAGUAUCUGCAUAUAUAACACGAGAUGGAUACUGGAAUUGUUUAUGCAUCGCAUUAGGCUUAGAAGCUGGAAAGUCAGAAGUCAUUGCUAUUGAUGCUGUAGAGGCAACAAUAAACGAUAAAAUCAAAUUAUUUAUUGCUUUGGCUGUUGCUGAGAAAAUAGGGGAAGAAGAAGAACAACAAACUGAAGAUUCAACUAAUUUAUCUUAUAGUCUACACAUUUAUGGAAAUAUGAAUUCAGAUACAAAACCUUUUUUGGAACAAGCAUUAUUUGAAAUUGGCAAUUCAAGUCAAAUUAUACCACUUCAUGCUGCCCCAAUGCAAAUAUCUCAUGUUCAGAUUGAAUAUGAGGGUCGCUUACAAAUAGCAUUUUUAUUAACAUCUAUGGACGGCAUCAUUCAUUUAUAUACACAAAGUGCUGAAACUAAUCAAUUUAUUGAACUACCUUCAUCUAUUUUUUUCCCAUUACUGGGUAAAAUAUCAAAUCAUCGUACAAAUAUUUUAUUUAUGCAUAUCCUAGAUCGCCCAAAUGGUAAACGAGUUAUAUGUGCAGGCGGACAAAAUGGUGAAUUAUUUCUUGGCUUUUAUGAUGAAAAGGGCAAAGAGGUGAAAUCACAUGCAAUUCGAAUAUUUAGUCCUAUCACUUCAGUAUUGAUCUUUCAACCUAGAGCUUCUAAUAUAAUUACUCCAGAAGAUAAAUUACAUCUUGUAGUAACAUGUGCUAUUGAGCAAGCAAUUGUAUAUCAAUCCAUUGAAACAGAUGGUUUGUCAACUAGUAGAGCACUCCCUUUAUCGGGUAAUUUUGAUAGCGUUUUAUGUUCUCAUGUUAUGGACGUUGAUUGGGAUGGAGAUAAGGAGAUAUUGAUUGGAACAUAUGGUAGACAAGUGCUCAUCUAUAAGCAAGUGGCAGGAACCCAACUUUACACUGUUUUAUGGAAAAAGCAAUUUGCUUAUCCCAUUUAUCGGAUGUCAAAUCUUGAUUUAAAUAGAGAUGGAUUAGAUGAGCUUAUUGUUACUACUAUGUAUGGUGUUCAUGUGUUUCAGCAACAAUCAAUAAACAUAUCUGUAUAUAUAAUAGCCAAACAUGAAGAAAGCAAGAGAUCGUUUACUUGA